CGUCUGGAUCGAUUAAUCGAAUAAAACAAAUGCACAAAGAGGAGCUGCAGUGAAAAAAUAAUGGAGUAAUGUGCUUUUAUUUCCAGAUUAAAGCUUCUGCCUGGAACGGACAGCCUGGUAAAUGCAGACUGGUUUAAUGUAAAGCCAACCGGCUGCCAGCACUUACGCUUCCCCCCCUGUGGAAAAAUGGACCUGUCUCCUGUGGUGUCUCGAGUGUCCAUGGACAUCCUGGCGGAGCUGCAGCUCUUUGCUGCUCAGAACCUGGAGAAGAUCGAGGUCAACAAGUAUUACGAGGUGAUCCGAGAGCUCGGCAAGGGCACCUACGGCAAGGUGGACCUGGUCGUUCAUAAAAUCAGAGGAAGCAAGAUGGCUCUUAAAUUCCUGAAGAAGAAAAACACCAAGAUCAAAAGUUUUCUGAGGGAGUACAGCAUCUCGCUCUACCUCUCGCCCUGCCCCUUCAUCAUCAACAUGUUCGGGAUCGCCUUCGAGACCGAGGAUUUUUACGUCUUCGCUCAGGAGUACGCGGUGGCGGGGGAUCUUUUCGACAUCAUUCCUCCACAGGUGGGUCUUCCAGAGACUGUGGCGAAGCGCUGUGUCCACCAGGUGGCGCUGGCCCUGGACUACAUGCACUGCAGGAAGCUGGUGCACCGCGACAUCAAGCCUGAGAACGUGCUGCUGUUCGACCGGGAGUGCCGCAGGGUGAAGCUGUCCGACUUCGGCAUGGCGCGCUGCGCCGGCUCCCUGGUGAAGCGGGUGAGCGGCACCAUCCCGUACACGGCGCCCGAGCUGAGCGACGCCACCCAGCGGGACGGGAUCUGCGUGGACUACAGCACGGACGUCUGGGCUCUGGGCGUGCUCCUGUUCUGCAUGCUGACCGGAAACUUCCCGUGGGAGAAGGCCGUGCCAUCGGACGCCUUCUACGACGAGUUCGCUCGCUGGCAGCGGAGGCCGACGGGCACCGUGCCCUCGCAGUGGCGCCGCUUUAGCGCCGAGGCGCUGAUCAUGUUCCGCAAACUGCUGGCCUUGGAGAGGGAGCGCAGGUGCUCGGUGAAGGAGGUGUUCGCCCACUUCGGUCAGCGCUGGUUGCUGGACGGCGAGGCGGUGGGCGGAGGAGUUGGUGGAGGAGGAGGAGGGCAGCACAAGAUGGCGCUCGGGUCUUCCUCGGAGGAGGAGGAGCUGCUGGUGGACCGGAUGAAGCAGCAGACCCUCUCUCCAGCCAGUAAGGAUGCCGGGGACGCCGAAAUCGCCCGUCAUUUCAGCUCGGUGUCCACCAACAGCUCGGUGUCGUCCACUACCAGCUACGAGCGCGUCCCCCGAGAGAGCGACGCCGCCGGACGCAUCCUGGUCACCACGCCCAUCGAGAUCUGCGUCUAGAGAGGGUCAGAUGCUUCCACGGCAUCCAUACGCCCUUAAAAACACGGUCAACCAUCAUCCAGCCGUCCUAGAUCAUCAUCAAGGGUGAUUAAAGCAAACAAUUUUAAUCCA